AUUUGUAUUAUAUCUUCCGUGACACCUUGAAAGAAAAGGCUUGGUUGUGAUGUAUUACCUGUAGUUGAUGCAGCAGUGUACGCUUUUAUCCCCAGUGAGACUAGAGGGGCUUAGAACUGCAAAGAUGGAAGGCAAAAAACGUGUUUGGAUAAAAAAAGAGGAAACAAAUGACAUAUCAAGUGCGGCAGCCUCUGUGUUUCCUCAAGAUCCAUUAUCAGUUCACAACCCCUGUCUUGAUAAAAAAGAAGAACCAGAGCUACACUUGGAUAUGGAUGACUCUGAGCAUCAUUAUCUUGAAGAUCCGUCGGUAAUCUCGAGGUCUACUGAAUCUAUCAAGGAGGAUCCAUCACUAAGUUUGGAAGCAGAAGAAACUGAGAAUUCUACAGACACACACCUCAAGCAGUUCGAGCUGGACCAGCUGGAGGGUGCCAUGAAACUCGAAGAGGGUGUGGUUGUCGAGACACCGCCUCCGCAACAGAAGCACCCCCUGCUGUCGAUGCUGCUGCUUCAGCCAUCACCAACACGUCACCAACCGACGCCACUGGGUUCUUUCGGUAUGUCUUCAACGCACAAACGUCAGAAGUUCGUGAAUGUCGGCCUAGGCGCCCUACUGGACGCAGUAGAGGGCGCCGUAAUCACGCUGGUGGCUGGAGAAACUCAACUGGUGGUGCACAGGGCCGUCCUGGUGGCAAGGAGUCCCGUGUUUGAGGCCAUGUUCCGCCACGAAACACUGGAGACCAGCAGAGGCCGCGUGGUGAUCCCGGAUGUCGAGGGCCCGGUGCUGCGUCAGCUGGUGGUCUACCUCUACACCCUCCAGGUCCCCCAGUCUGCCAGCACGGCCCCUGAGUUGCUCGCAGCUGCGGACAAGUAUGGCAUUUCAGGAUUGAAGGCUGCGUGCGAGCAGCGGGUGGCUGCACAGGUGACCGUGGACAACGCGGCGGCCACAGCCGUCCUAGCCUUGAGGCAUUCUUGCCCCACUCUCACAGAGGCCACCGUCACAUUCAUAAAGUCUUACAGCGACCAGGUGAUGGCCACUGAGGACUGGAUGAAAGCUGUGCACCAUCAUCCUGACGCCGUACUGGAGUUGAUUAACCUGCUUGCAGAUGACAGCAUAUCCAGAAGACGUAACAUCCAUAUCAGCAUGGGUGCAGCAGCGAAGACCUUCCUGCUCAUGGCACUUGUAGUCACCGCUGCCAGCGCCACGGACAUGCGGCCGGACUUCUGCCCCGAGAAUCCGUGCAGCGCCGUCUUCUGCGGGCUGGGCGUCCGGUGUGUGACGGUGACGACGCAGCAAGACGGCAGACUAGGCUGCAAAGCGCGCUGCCUCGACGCUGCGACUCCGCAGUAG